AUGGCAGACGAUCUCCUGUCUGUACGUACGUUAUCUAAUUCAGGGAAACCGGAAGUUCCAUCUGAUGAUAAUUCAAAAGCAACCACUACAAUUAUUGUUCUGGCAACAUUCUUGGCCUUGACUACUACUGCAUUAUGUAUUUCAAUUUUAUGGAUAAUAGUAAGCAAAAUACGAUCUACAGACAGGCAAACCGAGAAUUCGUCAUUUCAAAUUCCAUUAGAGCAUUCGUUGGUAGUAAAUCAAGCCCCACAAAACGAAGUUUCUGAAGCAGAUAAUUCCGCUUAUGAUAUUCUUGACAGAACUCAGGGUGCUCCUGAACACACGUAUGAUACAGCAUCUGUCAGUGCAUCUGAAAGUACGGGCAAUUCUGGAAACGCAGAUUAUAUGAAUCUACAAAUUAAAAAAUCACGGAAUGCCAAUAAUCGCACGUGACCGUGUUCAGCAAAACAAUCAUUCAUCUUAGAUGAGGAACUUGUUACAUUCAUUACAUAUGUCGUUUGGGAGUUGAUAUACAGGCUCCAUAACCUCAGAUCCCCUUUCUAAAUACCAGUUUGUUUAGUUCUGCCCAUUGUUUUCUUGUUUGGGGCAAACCCAUUACUUUAUCCGGGGACGAAAACACCGCUUUCCAUGGAAUUACACGCCAAAACACGUGUAUCAUUGAAGGUUCCAUGUGCACCGCCGUUUGAAAACAUCUGAUGUCUCUAAAUUGCUCUCUGUACUUUAAGCAUGUGUUAUAUCUUAAUUCAAUGUUAAAUAUUAGUUAACAUGUACUGGAAGUAGGA